AUGAAGAUGAUCGAUGUGUUGUUGCUGUGGGUGGUAUGUGUCACCUUAUCAUUUGGUGUUAGGGAUGAGUGCAUGGAACGUUAUAAAAUAUGUUCAGUGAAAGAUCGCUUCACAAUGCAACGAAUAUGUCGAAAAAGUGGUGGAUUAUUGAAACAUACAUUGAAAUAUGCAGGAAAAGAGAUAAUUUCGGAUUGCUGUCGGGGAAAUGGCUGUACCAAACAAUACUUAUGCGAUUUUUGUCAAAAUUCAUGUUGUCAGAUAGCGAUUGAUAUGGUGAUAAUGGAUUAA